AUGAAUUUGGAUUCAAAGGAAUAUUCAGUUGAGAAACAUUGGAAAUAUAUAUAUGUGGUGAUACUCUUCUUCUCUUUAUGCUCAGCAUCAGUGAUACCUAUAAUUUACUUAUACUCACCAAAAUGUAGACACCAUCCUGCAUAAAUUCUUCUAAUAUUAUGUAGGAUCUUUUAUAUUUUAGGUAUAUUGGAGAUGAUAACAUGCUAUUAAUGGUUUUUAGAUAGCGUUCACUUUGAAGAGUUGAUUGAAUUUUUGAACAAACUUAUAGGUUACAAUAAAAUGAGAGAAUAUUAUUUGUUUGGUUAAGGUGAGAUAUCUGAUGAAACACUAUGUUCAAUAAAUUAGAGUCUCAUAUUCUUUGGAUUCUUAGCACAACUUAACUAUUAUGCAAUUCUAACAUUAGAUUUUAUACUAACCUUAACUAAACCCUUCUGGAAUACUAAAAUGAAAUUGCUUUCAUAUAAUCUAGGCGCAUGCCUGGUGACAAUAACUAUGUUUUCUUUUGUAACACAUUCUCUCGAAGGAAAUUGUCACGGUAUUAAUACUAGUAAGGUUUCUGAAGUUCUUAAAGUCUAGUUGUUGGUAAUAACUACAUUAUUAGUGAUAUCAUUUUAUGUGGGUAAAAAGGACCUUAAUAGAAUGAAUAAAAUUAAUAUUGACGUUAAAGAAAAUAGGAAAAAAUUGUUUUACAAUCAUUUAGUACACUAAUACAUUUACCUAAUUUAGUAUUUAUUUUUCACUCUGUUUAUACUGUGGAGUUUGCCUUAAUUAAUUGCCUUAUUAAGUGAAUAUGGUGCAGCCCAAAAAAUAUUGAAUAGAAUCUAUAUAGCCAUAAUGUUAUUGCAUCGCAGCAACCAUUUUGUUAUAGAUUCGACUUAGAGAACCUUACUUUAGGAGUAGAUGUGUACUUUUACUUGCAACAAUCUUCUGCAGAAGGAGGUGGAAAGAAAACAAGGAGUAAAGUAUAUAGGAUAAUAUUAUAGUAAAAAUGUAGAUGAUAGCAUAAUGGAGUAAUGUUAACUCCCCCUUAACAAGCUAGUUUAAGUUCAAACCAACUAGGAGACUGUUUCAAAUAUUUUAAGUUCAAUUCUGAAAGUUGUGAGUUAUGAAGAGAAAAUUACAGAUUUACAUCAACAGUGUAAAUAUAAGAAGUAAUUCAGAUUUUCACCUGAUAAGAUGGAUUAAUUUUAAAUUAAUUAAGAAUCUCCUUUAUUAAAUUCAAUAAAUUACUCAUUUGAAUUAACGUUGACUUUUCAAAUCUAAGAGUAUGCUCCAGCAGUGUUUUAAGACAUCAGAUUGAAAAAUGGCAUUUCUUAUGAAUAGUUUCAAAAGUCAUUAAGGCUAGAUUAUAAUUAGGAUCAAAUCAAAAAUACUUAAGAAUCUCUAGGGAAAAGUGGAUCAUUCUUCUUCUAUACUUAUGAUAAUGCAUUUGUGUUGAAGACCAUUAAAUAGUCAGAAAUUAAACUAAUUUAAGAGUUUUUGGAAGACUAUUAUAAAUAUAUAAUUAAUAAUUAAACAUUCCUGGCUAAAUUUUAUGGAAUGUUUUCAAUUAGCAUAGAAGGUUUCUCUUAGAUUCAUUUAUUAUUAAUGGAAAACAUAUUUUAACAAAUACCCGAUCAAAGAGUGGUUUAUGAUUUGAAAGGAAGCCUUGUGAAUAGGAAAUAAAGUGUCAAAGGCAGUCAAGUUGUUGAUCUUACUAUUUUAAAGGAUCAAAAUUUCAUAAAAUCUACAGACAUAUUUAUAUAAUUGAAUUAAUAAAAUAGAGAUGCUUUAUUUACAAUUCUGAAGGAGGAUAUUGAAUUCCUACUUAAAAAUAAUAUCAUGGACUAUUCCUUGCUUAUUGCUGUAUGUAACUCUAAGAUUUAAGACGAAAAUCGCAUAUACUGUAAUAGUAAUAGAUGCUAUUGCUUUGGUCUAAUAGAUUAUACAUAACGGUUCACUCUAUCAAAGAAAUUAGAGUCCUUUUACAAGUUUUAUUUGAAAAGAAAGGGUUAAAAUAUUUCAUGCGUUGAUCCUUAAUUUUAUAGUUAAAGAUUUAUUUCAUUCAUUAAUAGUAUAAUAGCUAUUAAUGAUUUUGCAUGA